AUGUUUGGCCCUCGCGCAGUCCGCACGGCGAGGUCUGCGACCUCGCUGCUGCGCCCCUUCAGUUCAUCGGCCGUGGCGUACCGUUCCCCCUCAAUCCGAGAUGUCACCCCCCAGUCAACUGAGGAGUUCCUCAGACGACAGAAGGAGUUCCGCGAGAACCUGGAACAGGCUCGCCUGAGAAAAGAACAGCAAGAUAGUCAGUCUGGCAAUUCUUCCGCCUCCUCUACCCUUCCCCGUGAGUACGCUCCCACUGCUCCGAAAGUGAGCAAUGCGAGCAGUAGUGAUUAUAUUCGUCCUUUCGAUGCUGCUACGCCGCUUGACCAUGAGGCACUGGGCUCACUGUCGAUGCACCGAUAUUUAGGGGAAGACCAACAACACGAAGCUGCAGCCAAACGUGGCUCUUUCUCGUCGCUCAUCUACGGCACCAAGGAGGGCCAGCACUUCGACAAGGACAUGGAGCGCUCGUUCUCGCAGGUCCUCGCUCGCGGUAAAUAUGUUCACUCCAUCGUCAUGCACGACGUCAAGCCCGACAAAGUCGACGAGUAUGUAGACCUGGUGGGCCAGUGGUACCCCCGUAUGGCCGGCACCGAAGAGAACCGCGUCAACCUGGUCGGCAGCUGGCGCACGCAAGUGGGCGACAAUGACACUUUUGUUCACAUCUGGGAAUACCAGCGCUACGAAGGCUACCAUGCCUCCCUUCACAACAUUUCGGAACACCCAGAAUUCCGCGAGUUCGACCGCAAGCUCAAGAGCUUGAUCAAGAGCAAGAAGACCUCGCUCAUGCAGGAGUUCUCCUUCUGGCCCACAACCCCACCCCGCCGCCUUGGUGGUCUGUUUGAGCUUCGAUCAUACACACUGCACCCAGGAAACCUCUUGGAGUGGGAGACACACUGGCGUCGUGGCUUGACCGCCCGCCGUGAAGUGAUGGAGGGUGUGGGUGCCUGGUUCGUGCAGAUUGGCGAGCUGAACACUGUGCACCAUCUUUGGCAAUUUGCCAACCUUGAGGAGCGCAAAAUCCGCCGCGAGGAGUCGUGGGGCGUGGAGGGCUGGGCGGAAACAGUCCACAAGACUGUUCCUCUGAUCCAGACCAUGCAGAGCCGGAUUCUUGUCCCUAUGCCUUGGAGCCCCGUUGGCUAA